GCAGUCACACGGCGGCCCCGGUGUCCAUGUUCGUUCGCGUAUACUCGCCGUGUGUGUACUGUGUGGUGUGCGUGUGAGCACGCGCGCGCGCGCGCGCGCGUAUAUCGGGAGAGCGUACAUACGUCGGUGUAUAGCGUACGCGAGAGAGUCGGUGCGCCUCUCGGCCGUGGGCACAAAUCGCGAGUAAAAUGGAAGCGGAAUUUCGCUGCGAGGUUGAGGUCCGUCGUUGAAAACAGGUGAACAUGGGAAGGUCCAAGUUUCCCGGGAAGCCGCCGAAGACGGCCACCAGGAAACGGAUCAAGGUGCUGGGCCAGCCUGAGGCAGCGCAGAACGAUCCGGUAACUGUCGCCGAGAACAUCUACUACGGACUUUCCCUGUUCAACGAAACAUUCGGCGACAACGAGAAGGAACAUCCACCGUUCCACGGAUUUAGCACUAAAGAGGCUAAUCUUUCUGCAUCUUAUAUAAAAACACAGCAACACGAUGCGGAGAAGACCAGCGAUAACGUGCCGUCUGUCACAGUCGAAAAUCUUGCACCACAGUCCAGCACGAAGAAGGACGUUACUGAUGUUAAAAAUUCUCCUACAAACAUCGAAAACAGCGCAGAGAAGCUUACCGACGCAAAUCCAAAACCAGUCAAAGACAUCACAGAACCAGUUAAAAACCCGAAUGCUAAACAUACUCCAAAGAUUCACAGAGCUAAGACUCGUAAGAAUUGUAAGAACGUUAAAUUUUCGAAUUACAUGAAAAACCCGGUGCUAAAAUCAGUGAACAACAUCUUGGACCAGCAUCAAAGAACCAGACAGUUACGUAAUAGUACUGCGAAAAGAUUGCUUCAAAGGGCAAAAUCUAAUGGGAGUAAUACACGUAAUUUGGUGGUGCAAUCUGGAGAGAAGCCUAGCACAGUAAGAAAAUUCGUUUUACCUGUUCGCAGCGUGCAUUCGUCGAGAGUUAUAAAGCCAAAUAAGAGGUUCAUCGAGGAAUUGGAAGAAAUUUCUGGUACGGAGCAUAGCGAGAAUGAAAUUGGUAUACACGUCAAAAAGUGUAAAUUAAAUUCGGAUAAGCUCAGCGACUUGGAAUCAAAAUUGAAAGAGGAUGCAGUUAGUAAGUUGUGUACAAAAUUUAAAAAUAAAGAUGCAAGAGGCAAGCCAAAAAGGGUGAUUCAAGACUCCAAUGCCGAGAUUAUAACUCAAUCAAUAAAAAAUACGGAGAAAUCAGCGAAUUCUGUACAAAACGCACAAAUAUCAAAACCCACUCAUAGAGAAGUAAAGAAAUCUCAUAAUAUAUCAUGUAAGAAUAAAGUAUCAAAUGGCACAUCCGACAGCUCUAAUAAUAAUCAAGAAUGCUCACAAAACUCGAGCAGGACGGCACAAACUGCGAAAUCAACAAUUCCCAGAAAUCAGAAACAGAUUUCUAUUCCUACAAAAGUUCUUCCCGAUUCCAAUGUUCCACACUUCGAGUCUUCCAGAGUUCAGACGAGAUCAGGAACUCAAAAUGAAAUAGCGAACGAUUUAAGUAAUCAGGCGAACUUUGAAAGUGGUGCAGGAUUAACGGAAGAUGGCUGUGCAGAAACUGAGGAUCAGCCUGAAAAUGGUAAUAAGACUGUGGUUAGUACAUUGAACAAUUUUGAGACGGAAAACAAUUUAUCUGAAAGCGAAAGCGAGCACAGCAGUCACUCAGAAGGCGAGCAAUCCGAAUUCAGCGGAAUAAAACUCAAUAGUGGCAAAGUUAUAUUAAGAAAAGCGAGAUUAAAGUUGGAUAACAAGUGUUUAGCUGGAACAGAAGGACCAUUUUCAACAACAAGCACCAGUAACACCAUGGGAGGAAGCACUAAUUUAGGCUUAACAGGAACUAUAAAAUGCGGUGUUUGCGGCGCAGUACGGUUUUAUCGAUUUGUGAAACAGGCGCGCAAGUUUGGCAUUCACAGUUGCGAAUCUUGCCGAAAGUUUAUAAGCAAAAUGAUCAAACAUCAGGCUUGCGCUAAAUCCUCGAACAACGUUCUUCCCAUUCUCAAGUGUCAUAAAGGUGAUGGUCUGUGUUUAGUCCCGCCUGUUGUGAGGAGUCAACAAUGGAAUCUCAUGAGAUGCGUUUAUAAAGCCAGAUGCCCGGCGUGUUGGUUGAAAAUGUGUUUGAAAUGUUACGACAUUCCACCUGCCUUGAGGACAGGUUUAAACGCGUUGUUACCACCUUUAAUGCGAGACCCUUUAACUAUUUCUCUGCCGCUCAGUCAAGACGAGGAUGGUCAGGGGCAAAAUUUGGGCCCGUCUAAACUCAGUUGGCCUGCGGAAGACAGCUUGGAAAGAAAUUUGUUUAAGUCUGCCAUGAGUUGGAGAAAUUUCGAAAUGGGACAGAAAACCAGUUAUCAGGGUACCGGAGGCUUUUUCUAUACGAAAUUAGAUAAAUUUGAUUCCUCGAUGAGUAUAUCGCCUAACAAAAAACGGAGGAAAAAUAACAGGAUUAAAGUAAGGAAGAAAAUUAAAAAUCCAAUACUUGCCUCUUCGACCGGUGGCCAACAUUCACAACCUCUUAGACAAAGGCUCGAGUUGAAAGGGCCGAGAGUUAAGCACGUUUGUCGAAGCGCCAGUGUCGCGCUUGGGCAACCCAUUGCAACUUUUCCCGCUGUAGACGCGAAAGAAGACAACGAACACGGCAAAAACAUUCCAAAGACGUUGAAGGAAACCGAAAGAACUGAGAAGAGGGACGAUAUUACGAAAGACAAGGAAAUGCAGAAGCAUAAUGAAGAUAAUAAUUUAAAUCUUAACGUUAACACGGCACAACAAUCUCAUUCGAGAAGGGGAAAACCGCAACAGAAUUUAUCAACGUCGCAUUUUCCAGUGGUGUCUAAGGCAGCUGUGGAUACUGUAUACACAGUUUCCAUAGAUUUCUGGGAGCAAUACGACCCUUCUGAGGUCGGAGCGAAGGGUUUCGCCCUUAUCGGUUCUGAGCUAUUUCAUAUACCUGCUAUUUGCUAUCUGUGCGGAAGCGCCGGUAAAGAGCCGCUGAUCCACUGUCAAUGCUGUUGCGAGCCAUACCAUGCCUUCUGUUUGGAACCCAGUGAAUGGAACGUUUGUGCGCAGCCAAACUGGUGUUGUCCCCGGUGUACGAUAUGUCAAUCCUGCCAUCUCAGAUCCGGUCCGAAAUUAUCCUGCAUUCGUUGUCGUCAGUCGUUUCAUCAUUCGUGUCUGUCAAAGUCCGGUGUUAGCUCUAGAUUGUACAGUCCCGAUCGACCUUACGUUUGUCAGAGCUGUAUUAAAUGUAAAAGCUGCGGUAGCGAGGGUGUCAACGUUCACGUUGGUAAUUUACCUCUCUGCUCUAUGUGCUUUAAGUUGAGACAACAAGGAAACUAUUGUCCUUUGUGUCAGAGGUGUUACAACGAAAACGAUUUCGACACGAAGAUGAUGGAGUGUAGCGAGUGUUCCUGCUGGGUACAUGCCCGUUGUGAAGGCCUUUCCGAUGAGCGUUACCAGAUACUUAGUUACCUGCCCGAUUCGAUCGAAUUCACAUGCAGCCAAUGCUCUUCCAAUUCGAAUUCCUCUAUCUGGAGGAAUGCCAUAGAAGCGGAGCUGAAGGCGGGUUUCAUCGGCGUGAUAAAAUCUCUGAGUAAAAACCGCAAGAUUUGCACGGCUCUCAAGUGGAGUCCCAGAAAGGAGUGCCUCUGCAGGCCAGUUUCGAGCGUGAGAAAACUCGAGUUUCCCGAAGAUAAGAGCGAGAUGAACUGUGCGAAGGAAAACGAAGAAUCGGAAGAGUGCAAUGGCGACAAGUUUGCGGAUACCGACUCGAAUUCGAGUGCUAAUUACAGGGAUGGUAUAAAUAAGCUCGAUUUGGAGGAACCUUCGGUGGACGGUCCCGGUAGAAAAGGUCUGCGACGGCUACGACAGAAAUUCCAUCUAAAAGAAUGCUCGGUUAGGGUGAAGAACUGUAUUCCGAAGGACUCUCAAGACAACGAGAGAAAAGACUGGACAAAUCAGGAUUCGUCAGUAUCUUCGAACGAUGUCACGGAAUGCCAUUGUUCGGAGCAACAAAUCAUUGCGAGGCCCUCGCCUACGUUAAUGUCUGUGAAACGUAAGGUGAAUGGUAACGAGUACAAAUCAUUAUCGCAAUUUCAUUGUGAUAUGGAGCACGUAAUCAACCGCGUUGGUUCAAAGGAUCUGUUAGAAACGUAUCACGAUAUUUUACAAGAGGUCUUUCCAUGGUUUACGCCGAAGGAUUUUAAGAGCAGCGACGAUAAUGACGAUAUAUUAAUGCCUAGUAAAGACGUUAGCAAAGACACCGCUCUGACGACGAAGUUUGAUGAUCCUAUUCUGGAGGCAUGGAAAGAGGAGGUGAUGAAAGCGCCGAAAGCGAUUGCGGCGAAAACGGCGAAUCUGUAUAAUAUCCAUGUCGAGGACAGCAGAUCAUGUUGUUUGUGCAAAGGCUUGGGCGACGGACAUGAGACGAAAGAGGGCAGGCUGCUGUAUUGCGGGCAGAACGAAUGGGUACACGCAAAUUGCGCGCUAUGGUCAAAUGAGGUGUUUGAGGAAAUCGACGGCUCACUGCAGAAUGUUCACAGUGCCAUUUCGAGGGGUCGUUUGAUCCGCUGCUCCGAGUGCGGCAAGAAGGGCGCGAGCAUCGGAUGUUGCGCGAAGAACUGCAGCAAUACCUUUCAUUUUCCAUGCGCGAGAAACAUCGGGCUCGCUUUCAACGACGACAAAACGGUAUUUUGCAUUUCACAUUCGAAUAGUCACGCUAACAAAUCUCUGCAGAACGAGAACGAGUUCAGUUUGAAGCGACCGGUGUACGUGGAGUUGGAUCGUAAGAAAAAGAAGUUUGCCGAACCCAACAAGGUCAAACUGAUGAUAGGUUCUUUGAUGGUCGACUGUCUGGGCACCAUCAUUCCGGAAUUCUCUGACACGACUGAGAAGAUAAUACCAUGCGAUUACAAAUGCUCCAGACUUUACUGGUCUACAGUGAAUCCAUACAAGAUCGUUAGAUAUUACAUUAGAACUUAUGUGCAGGUACAUAUGCCGGACGUCUCGUCCGACAUGGAGAAUAAUAUCACUAUCGAUCACAGCAAGGAGCGAGAAAAGGAAGAAGUGUCGACAGACGCGCAGAGAGUCGAUUAUUUGGCCGUCAAACAGACCUUAGAUUCGCUCAUCGAUAUCGUGUGUAACAAAGAGGUUGAUGAGAAUUUAGCGGAGCAAAACAACACGGAUCUUUUACCACCAGAACUGAAGGAGGCCAUAUUUGAAGAUUUGCCGCACGAUCUGUUGGAUGGAAUCUCCAUGCAGGACAUUUUUCCAAAGAUGUCGUACGAGGAUUUUUUAGCCAUGGACUUGAAGAAUGACGGUUCUUUCAGCACAGAUUUGUUUAAGGAUGACAUGCUGUCGUCGGAGGUCGAAGAGACGAUAAAGCCGUCAGAAAGCAAAAUUUCCAAAAUGGAUUCAUCUUUACUGGAAUUGGGAGCGCACAAUGAUCUCUGGGUGCGAUUGGAGGCGAAGACCGCGAUGCAAGAUCUCAUGGACGACCUAUUUAACUCAAAGAGCCAGAAACGCGGCGGCAGGGAGCUGAAACGAUCCAAAUCCGAGGUGAUGUCGAAUAAUCCAUUGAUUGUCGGCGGUCAGAGGCAUCAUCAACGUUCUUGUAGCCUCACCUGGAGCUGUAAACUAGACAACACCUAUGGUUCUAACAUAAAGAGGCGAAAAUUGCCACGAAAUCCAUCCAGUACCAAGUCUAACGAGACCGGUCUCAUUGUUCUUGAUGCGCAAAAUGAACGCACGUCCAUGUUCCAUGAAUUGAGGAUCCCGGAGAGUAUCAUGGUUACUGUGGGAAGAGGAAACACGCCUAAUAUACUAUCCGACUCCGUGCGCGAGUUGAAGUACUGCAUUGAAGAUUCUACUGGACUGAAUCGUCGCAUGUUGCCAGCCAGGGACGACGCAAAAGAGCAUAAGAGACUGUUCUGGCAUCCGAGACAGCAGCAACCGCGAAUAGUGCAGGUCGACGGAUCGGCUGACGCUAAUAGCGCCAGCGAGUGCAGUUCACCAGAGUACAACGCCGAGGAGAAGAACACGAACCUGCAAACGUCCGAAUCGAUCCCGCAAUUGGACGGCAUUAACGAUGAGCAUUCGUCUGACGGGGGCGAGCCGAUCGCGGAAAAGGAACUUGGUUCAUACGUGCGACCUUCAAAUCUUUUACACUCAAAACGUUUCUUCGGCUUCAUCAGAUCGCAUGUGUCAAGUACCUGUGACAAGUCACAGAAGACGAAGAGUGGCAGUGGUAACCUUACGAUCGCACCGACCGCCAGGUGCACCUUGCACAAGGCGGGAGUCUUGUUCAAGGAAAAGAAUCUCAAGAUGAAUUUACAGAUCCCGCAAGUGGAUGGUGCAGGUGAUAUCUCGAGCGACGACGAGUGCGUCUCGUCACAACACAUGAUGGCGCACGAGAGGCUGAUUCGUACCUCAUACGAGUCGUCGCCGUUCGAGCACAUCGAAGUCACCUGUAAAAGGUGUGCUCGCACGUACCGUAACGAGGAGAGUUACAACCGUCAUCUAGACAAUUGCGACUCUAUGAUUACCAGCGAUAGCGACUCAGAGACCAUGGAUAACAAGCUGGCGUCGCCAGAGUCGGGAUUCUCACCGAACAUGGGCUCGCCGCAAUUCAUCACGCUUUCACCGUCCGAGGGCCAUACUCUGACAACUGAUUACACGGACAUCCAGGCAACGUCACCCAUCGAGGCGUCUGUGGCAUCACCCCAUCCGAGUAUCCAGAUCGAGCCGAUCGCCCAGGCGAUUAUCACGCCGCAGAUCCAUGCGACACAUGCCACCGUCGAGACCGUGCACCAGACAGUAUUAACGUCCAACGAUGUGAUCGUACAGACUCAGUACACUCGUAGGACCACCACCCUGCCGAACCCAGCAGUAUUACCUUCUCAGGAAAGCACGGUGCAUAUAACGGAGAUCACAGACCCGCCGUCCGUCUCCAGCGAUUCUAACGUUACGCCGCACAGCAUGGUGAACACGCCAAUGAAUUCGCCGGACAGCACGAGCUCGCAGACCGUCCCAAGCCCGGAGAUGUCGCCCAAUUACUCGUCCAUGGGCGUGCAGACCGCGCAGGAGUCCGCGCAGACAUGUGCACAGAUCGCCCGAGUCCCCUCUAAGUCGAAAAAUUUACGGAUGGCCAAGUCAAAGGCCAAGAGCGUUAAGUCGCAGCAACAUGUUUUGAAGAACGUGAUGCAGGCACCGCAUAAUGCCGCGCACAAUGCCAGAUUCCAACCGACGGCGAUGACGAACACCCCCCAGGUAAUCCAGCUACAUCAGGCUAACCAGAGACCGCCCACGGUGAUCCUUCAGCAAGUGGCAUCGCCAGGCAUCGUGUCUGCUUACGUGGAAGCCCUACAGCAGCAAUCCGGCCAAAACUUACAAUACAUCACGACGAUAGGCGGCGGACAGCACGAGACCGGCUUCAAACCGCAGCUGAUCGCUGCGAAUUCCUUAGUGCCGGGCACCUACAUACAGGCACCGUCCACCGACAAUCUAUUGGCGCUGCAGAAUGGCGGUAUAUCGAUAUUGCCGAGUGUGCAAAUCGCGCAAACACAGCCUACAGUAUUGGGUACUAUCAUACAACAACAACCCAGUGCGAUCCAAUGUGGCGUUAUAUCGUCGGAGCAGCUGCUGUUGAGCUCCACGCCCACCCUGGAAAUGUUCACCGACCCAACUGGUGGUAUGUUCGUGUCGAAUCAACCGAUGUACUACGGCUUGGAAACGAUCGUUAGCAACACCGUGAUGUCGUCUAGUCAGUUCAUGGCCGGCACCGUGCCACAGGUAUUGGCUAGCAGCUAUCAAACGACAACACAGGUGUUUCAAGCGUCCAAGCUGAUGGAGCCCAUCGUGGAUGUGCAAGCUGUGCCGACGAUGCAGAAUGUAUCAAGCAUGCCGAACAUGUCUGGUGUACCCAACAUAACCGGCGUGCCUAACAUAGCGAGCGUGCAAGGCGUGAGUGGUAUGUCCAACAUGUCCGGAGUACCUUACGUGGUGGUCAAUCAAUCGGCGCCGCCGCUGCCACCGGUACCAACAGCAGCUCCGGCACCACCCGCGCCAGUACCAGCAUUGGUAUCGGCAUCGGUACCAGCACCAGCAUCGAUACCAGCACCAGGAUCGAUCUCAGCACCAACGCUAUCAGUGGAACCAAUCGCGACGCCGCCGCAAGUCAACAUUUCUGCCACGUCCCAAGAGCGAGUUUACGGUGGCGUCGCGUGUAGCGCCGUGUCACCGGUAUCGUGUCAAAAUACGAACAUAGAUCAUCCGAUGGCAUCGAUUCAGGUGGCGGACGUAUGCUCGUCGAAUGCGGUGACACCGACAAACCUAUCACCGCCGGUACCACCACCGCCGCCGCCGCCGCCGCCGCUGUCGCUACCACCAGCGUUGUCGGCACCGCCACCGCCACCUCAUGCGAUGCCGAUGAUUCCCCGCGUCGCUGUGAGACCUAGUCCGGUCGCACAUUCGGUCCAGGCGAAUCACGGAGCUGCCUGGAAGAUCACCGAGUCGUUGUUCGGCGCGGAGCAACCGAUGAGCAACAGCGUGCGGCCGUACUUUGACUCGAAGCACGUAUCGGAGAACACCAGCAUGAUCAAAUCCAGCAUAUCAUCGUCCAAGAUACCGCCGCUAUCGAAUCAUUAUGUCACGCAGAGAAAUCUAAUUGUAAAUAACAAGUCCAACCAUGAUGUAAAUAGCAUGCAUAAGAGCUACAGCGGCGGUAUCGCGUUGAGUCCGAACUGUGCAAACACGAACGUCAACAGUAACGGCCCGGUCGUCUCUAAUUCCUGUCCCGUGCAGAACAAAAUCACAGUGCCGACGAGCAACAUGCCGACCAGUCGACCGAUGAACAGGGUGCUGCCGAUGCAGGCGGUGACGCUCAAGCAGGAUCCGGCGAAGAAGGAUGACUUGGCGAUCGAAGAGCCGACGAAACCGGUGAUCAAGCCAGCCGAGCCGGAAAUUGUGGAACCGAGGAAGGAAAUCACCGAGCAGAUCGUACAGAUAAAGAAACCUGAAACCGCGCUCGACGACAUCAGCGACAGUAUCAAACUGAAUACGGAGACUAUAGAGAAGGUAAAGGAGAAUCUCAAACUGGAGCUCGACAAGGAGAAGCUGCAGAACACCUCAUUAAAGAUAGUGCUGCAGAAGCAGUUACAGGACGGUUCUUACAAGAUCACGCGCAACAUGAAGGCGGUCACCCAAAGUAAAAAGACACCGCAGGUGACAUCCGUGGAGAUAUUGCCAUCGAAGCAGGUACCUCAGAUCGCGUCGUUACAACUGCUGCCGAUCAAGACGUUCACGCUCAAGGCGAACAAGCUCGAGGAUAAGGUAAAGCCCGUGGACGCGAAGGUGAACAUAAUUAAGGCGAAGGCGCCGCCCGUAGCGGUCAAGAAACCCAGAAUAGUGACGAAGUCGAUCAGGCCGCUGCGAAGCGAUCCGCAGCAGAAUCCACCGCUGGUGCAGAAGAACUGCUCGAAGGGACCGAUCUUGAUGUACGAGAUCAAGUCGCAGGACGGUUUCACCCAUACCGCCUCGUCUAUGACCGAGGUCUGGGAGACGGUGUACCAGGCGGUGCAGAAUGCGCGCAAGGCCCACAACCUGCCCCCGCUGCCUCACAAUCCCUUGUGCCAGAGUCUUGGCUUGGAGAACAAUGCGGCCAUUUACCUGAUCGAGCAAUUGCCGGGCGUUAAUAGAUGCAGCAAGUACAAGCCCAAAUUCCAUACCCUGGCGCCGCCGAAAGCCGACGAGAUGGAGAACGAUUUGCCGGCGGCGUGCGCCAACGGGGCGGCACGAGCGGAGCCUUUCAAGGGCAGAAAAGUCCACGACAUGUUCAGCUGGUUGGCGUCGCAGCACAGGCCGCAUCCUAACAUAAUUACAAUAUCGGAAACGGAAUCGAGGCGAGCCGCGAGUACCAAUUUGCCCAUGGCCAUGCGCUUUAGAAUACUUAAAGAAACAUCAAAAACAUCUGUCGGUGUGUAUUAUUCCCACAUACAUGGUAGAGGACUGUUUUGUUUGAGAGAUAUCGAGCCUGGUGAAAUGGUCAUUGAAUACGCCGGUGAAGUUAUUCGAUCUUCCUUGACCGACAAAAGAGAGAAGUACUAUGACAGCAAGAACAUAGGCUGUUACAUGUUUAAAAUCGAUGAUCAUCUAGUUGUUGAUGCUACUAUGAAAGGCAAUGCAGCUAGAUUUAUCAAUCAUUCGUGCGAGCCAAACUGCUACUCGCGAGUGGUGGACAUUCUAGGUAAGAAACACAUACUGAUUUUUGCUCUUCGUCGCAUCAUUCAAGGGGAGGAGUUGACGUACGACUACAAAUUCCCAUUCGAGGAUAUCAAGAUCCCGUGUACUUGCGGUUCUCGCAAAUGUCGCAAAUACCUCAACUGAGACUGCGUAUAUACAGCUUAUCCUAAGCAGCCGACCGAUGACAAAGAAAUGAAAUAUGUGCUAUAAUUGCGCGCGCGCUUUCGAAUAGGAUUCGUUUUAUUGAAUGUUAUUCAUUUUACUCAUCAUCAAACUAUUUUCAGAGAUUGCAGCUUUUUAUUACUAUAAAAGAACAUAGAUUAUACAUUUUAAAUAUUAGAAGGCCAGACGUAAUACGCGAAGCACGGCGGUUACGACGAUGUUACUUUAGACAGCUACGUUCCUGUAGUUGAUUUAACUGGGAGGUAUAUAUACACGUAUACCUAUAGCAAUAAACCAUUCGAGUAUGUCCCGCUUUCGUAUCCGACAAAGUCGUGCGUUUUACUACGCGCUUCAGACUUUUGAAAGUGUUACUUUAUUCACGCCUGUGCUUUCUCGCACGACUUUUAGAGACUCUACCUAUUAUCUACUAUAUUGAGGCUUAAGUGUACAAGUUAUCUUACACUUUACACUAAAUGCGAGUGCUCCUUAGUUCGCAUAAUUCCUGUGCAUCUUGCACGAGAUGGAUCUCUCGAUUUAAUCGGGUUUGAAAACUCUUCCCCUUAUAGACGAGCGUGUCGAUGAAAAUGGAAAAUGGUCUCGCGAGAGUAUGAUAAGAGAGCGACGGAUUUUCGAUAUAAUGAUCGCAGCUUUCACAAAGCCAUUUAUAUUUCUUUCGAGUGUCGCAAGAUAAAAACAUAAAUGACAUAAAUAAUCGUGUACAAAUGAUCUUAUCAAACGCGUGAACAUAAAAUAACGCGACAAUUGUAUAUUUAAAUGAUUUGUGUAAAUUUUAAAUUUAGUGUACAGUGUAUGACUAACUUCGUGACAUUUCAUGUCUGCUGUAGGGCCAGAUUUCAAAUGUUUUUGUAAAAUAUGUAAUUGUUAGACUAGAUAUAUCGUCUUUGAUGUAAGUACAGCAAACCAGUUUUAACUUAAGUUAGGAAUGUAGGCAUUAAGGAGAGAGAUAGAGAAUGGCAAGUGAGAACAGUCUCCUGUAGCAGGAUAUUGUUCGAAGGUGUACCUACUUUGGCAGACAUUGAUACAAUUUUUUGUUAUUUACGUGGCGUCAUUGCCGAGAGGAUAUUUUUGUUUUUCAGAUCAAGUUUCAUUUAUUGCAUUGACCGGCAGGAAUGCCUGGACAUUUUGAUACGUAUAUGACAUAUAUGUACAGGUAUAUGUAUAUGUAUUAUGUCCAGGCAUUCCUGCCGGUAGAGUGUACGUGAAAAUGAUGAAGCGAGCUCGAGUUAUUAUUUGCCUUCUUGGUUUUUUUCCUUUUUGUACAUUUUUUAGACGUCGCAUCUAUAUUUGUGCUUCCACCUUGCCAAGAUCAUGGUUCAUCGAGUUUAUUAUCCGAAUGAUACGAUAUUUCGUUUGACUAUUAUUUAGUAGAAUCGCUAAUAGUUUUCAAUAAUCCUUUUAAAAGAAUUUCUAUCAAAAAUCUAGUUUGUUCGUUCAGACCGACGAAGAUUUACGCAUUGUUUGAGAUGAACGUCUCCGGGUACGUUUCCGGGGAACGUUUGUGAUAUUUUCCCAUAAUGGGAAAUAUAUUAGAGAUGCUUUUACAUAGGAAUAUAUAUUUUACAUUUUUACGGAUAUAUAUACAUACAUAUACCAUGUAUUCCGUACCAAUAUCCUUCUGUGAAGUCCAGUUUUGCCUUACUUUUACAUGUACCUACGCUUUCACCCGGUGAUAGAUUUAGAUAUAUAUUUACGCAAAUGAUAUUUUAUAUUCGAAACUAACACAACCGCAACAACGGCGUAGCAUGGCGCCCUCCGACACAACUACGACGAUGUAUUUUAGCGCGAUUAAUCAAUUUCUGCCGAGGUGGUAGUCCCUUAAAUUUUGGUGCUCCAUGGACACCGUUAAGUGCACUUUUCAUGAAAAAAUGGCCUAGAGUAAGAGAUAGUAAGAUUGCAGUGCGGAAGUGUUUGAUAAUAAUAAGAAAUGCGUUAUACGAAGAAUAUUGAUCGUGAAUUAUUUAAAGAGGUAAUAUAAAGGGGUGAAAUAUGGUGGCAGGAGAGCGCAUUAUUUGAGCACGCGAAUAAUGUCAGACGUGCGAUUUUAAUCGGCCUGGUUUGGUACAAAGCGCGUACGCUGAGUUGUAAAAAGUUAUGAAAAAACGAGGGAAAACGGAAACCUGUUCUGGUCACGUGAAAUUGCCAUUUUUUAGAUAUUUUGUGAAUCUUUUUUUUUUUAUAUUACGAUUACCGAUAAUUAAUAACUAUUAUAUUCGAGGAUGAAUAUUGUUAAUAUAAUGAUAAUUAAUUUUAAUCUGUACAUGAAAAGUAAUACGACUAGUAAGGAUGGUAACUUACUUGAAAAUAUAACAAUGUUAGAUAUUUUAUUGAUAUUUAUUGAUUAUGAACGAGAUGGUAUUAGGGUUGACGGAAAAAAAGUACUAACGUAAAACUUGAAAACGAUGUAGGACCGGUGCAUAUAUAUGGUAGUCACAUUGAUAUAUUGACGCGGAUACAAGAAUCAGAGAUCCUUUCUUUUCUUUCUAGCAAACGAGCAAGCGUGUAUUCUUCGAUUCGAUUACAGCCUCCUGGAGCGUAACGCUACGGACGUCAGAAUUAAUUUCGGCUUUACAAAGUGUAUACUCCGUAGGCAUACAUACCAUGUAACCCGAUUUUCGCAUCGCUAUGUAUUAUGAUUGUAAACUGUAGGCUAUCCAUCAUCGUCCGAUUUCAUUUCUACACUCGCGAAUAUAGACUUAAAUUCUCAAUACAUUGUUCUCUUCUCAUUUGUUAUCACCGACGACUUCUGUAAAGUAUCCACGCGAGUACUUCGGGCAAAAAGGUGGCAACAGUUUGAGCGUGUGCUUGUAGCAAGACACAAAAAGUGUGCGAGAGAGAGAGAGAGAAAAAAAGAGAUUUUUACUUGUCUCCCGAUAAUCCUUGCCUGGUGAAUGCGAACGAAUAUCUAUAUCGGAUGCUUUCUGAAACAUACUCUGUGUCUUUUUGAACUCUACUCUUUAAACUGCGUGGAAAGGGCGUACGACCCACCUUAGUAUUACGCAUACAGCCUUCAUCAUUAUUAUUAUUAUUAUUAUUAUCGCUAUUAAUUAUAAUCUAUACACACAUAAAAAAAAGAGGAGAAAGAGAAAGCAUAAUACAUCACUACUCAAGUCACUCGUAUAUUUGGGCACAUUCAAGCACCGUUUGUUUACUACACCCAUCAGCACCUUUCAAAAAUAACGCUGCGUGUAAGAAAAAAAGAAAAAAAACGACGAACAUCCGAAGAACGGUACGACGAAUAAACGUGUAGUCUAACAAUAAUUAAAGAAAAAAAAUGAUACUAAUGUAUAGAUGUAAUAGGUAGAUCGUUUCUCUCCGACUUUUACGCAUGUUUUACCUCUCGACAAGAGACGGACUCG